AUGCCUUCGGUGCGACAUAUACCAGAAAACAAACGAAGGUCUCGCACGGGAUGCUUGACGUGUCGCAAGCGGCGGAGGAAAUGCGAUGAGGNNGGGAAGCCAAGUUGUCAGAAUUGCUCUGAGAGGAGCGUGACAUGCAGAUAUGGUGACUUGACAUUUGUAUCAGAUGGACCGCGAAGAUCCUUCGCAGAUGGUGACACGUCGCAAGUAGACGUCGGCGAUGCCUCUCAUGCUACAGUGGCAUCGCCAUCGGUAACAGCACCUCAGUUACCCGACGAUAGUGUCAGCUAUCACGGGCCCGAUGUUGGUGAUUUGACACUCAGCCAUGUUCGGGAGCCUUCAACCCCCCAAUCUAUUGCCUCCAAUGCUGCGGUGGUGGUUGUUGCUAGACGAAAUGUCCCUGACAGCAACCUAACUCCGGCCUGGACGUCAAACGAUCCCACGGAUGGCAUGAGCUAUGCAGAAAUCACGCCUCAGCAGCCAACAUAUGAGCGCCCGUGGCAGCAGCGUUCAAUGAACAGACAAUCUACACUACUACGGUUCAGAUACCAGGUGGUACCUUGGAUCGAAUCUAAUAACUGCAGGUCAAUAUUUGGACCAGCAAUCAUGAUUCUAGCGCGUGACAGCAAGAUUGUUUCUGAUUGCAUUUCUGCCUGCGUUCAAUCGAGAGACGAGAGUCUUGGUCUGGGAGGCACCCUAACUGCUGGCUCGACUGUGCCCUCGAGGCUUCUGGAACAGCUGACUCACGAAGAUGCUUUUACCGCAGACGUGGGAGUUGCACUGCUCUCGAUCAGCAGCGUAUUUUACACAUCGCCUUCAGAUUGGGCUGUCAUUGCCUCCACCUGUGAAGAGCGUCAGGCCGAGUCUGUUCUAUCGGCAGGAGGGUUCGAGCUCACACCAGAGCCUUUGAAGUCGCUCUUACGAUUGCAAUUGAAAAUUGGUAAGCGAUGA